AUGCACUUCAAGACCACCCUCCUCGUUACCCUCUCGGCUCUUGCUGUUGCCCAGCAGUCUUCCCAGGCAGUGGGAAACCCCGCCACUGGCUACCUCGAACAGACCAACUCCGGCGGCGCCAUCACUGGCCAGCCUGAAGCCGCGACCUCGCAGCAAGCUGCUGCCACGUCGCAGCCCUCCGUCGUCACCUCUCAGGAGGCCGCAGCCUCUACCCCCGCCGGUGCCUCGUCGGGCCUCAUCCCCUCCCAGACCUCCGGACAGUCGACCCUGGUCACUUCCACCGGUGCCUCGUCCUCCGCUGGUGCUUCCUCGACUGCUACCUUGACCUCUACCGCUACCAAAUCCACCUCUUCUUCGGGCGAUGAUGACUCUUCGUCCUCGUCCUCCUCGUCUAGCUCCGGCUCGGCUAGCUCGUCUACCGCCGAUGGUGCUGCCGCCGUUCCUACUGCGGGCUCUGUUGGGUUGACCGUUGGUCUGGCUGGUGCUGCUUUGGCUGCUUUACUGUAA